AUGUCGUUGGUGCCGGCCCAGGAGGCCUGCAUGGCGGGGUUGACGACGGGGCCGCGCGAGGAGAAGUCGGCGAUGACUGGCGCCAUGUCGUUGUCGACUGCAGCGUCAGGGCGAGUGCCAACGGCGCGCAUCUCCUCCCCCUACGCGGUCGACAACGACAUGGCGCCAGUCAUCGCCGACUUCUCCCCGUCUCACCGUGCCCUUCUCUCCUCUCCCCAUGCCCCGCACCCCUCCCCAACCCUUGUCAGAACGCAAGGGCGAGUGCCCACAGCGCGCAUCUCCUCCCCCUACGCGGCCGACACGACAUGGCGCCAGUCAUCGCCGACUUCUCCUCUUACUCACUGUGUCCUUCUCUCCUUUUCUCGUGUCCCCGCACCUCUCCCCCACCUCUCCAGAACGCAAGGGCGAGUGCCCACAGCGCGCAUCUCCUCCCCUUACGCAGUCGACAACGACAUGGCGCCAGUCAUCGCCGACUUCUCCUCGCGCGGCCCCGUCGUCAACCCCGCCAUGCAGGCCUCCUGGGCCGGCACCAACGACAUCUUAAAGCCCGACGUCGUCGGCCCGGGCGUCAACCUCUGGGGCCCUUGGCGCACCCCAUCCCUCGCCCAAGCUUCCACUCCCAACUUCGGCAUGGUUUCUGGAACAUCUAUGGCUACACCUCACCUUGCGGGGCUUGCCGCGCUCGUUGUGCAGAAGAACCCGACGUGGUCUCCAGCUCAGAUCAUCUCGGCGUUUAUGACCACGGCCAGCACCACGACUAAUCGCGGCGGGUUGAUUCCUACGGAUACAGGGAGCGUGGCGACCCCGUGGGACAUGGGGCAGGGUCAGGUGAACACCAGUGGGUUGCUGAACCCCGGGCUGACAUACGACGCUUCGUAUACCGAUUUCGUGAAUUUUCUCGCCGGGCAGAGCACGUGGCGCGCGAAUAAUAUAUUUUCGAGCAUGCAGCUGACCCCCGUGCCGGCGUACAAUCUCAACCGUGCAUCCAUCAGCGUGUCGCGCAUGAAAAAGUUUGUCACGAUCAACCGGAGAGUGACAAGUGUGUGGACUCGGGCGUCUACGUAUCGUGCCGUGCUGGUGGUUCCUGAUAAU